AGUCUCCUAGAAAAUCACUUAGCAAGUGUGCUAGAAAAUCACGCAACUGGAUGGUCAUCCCAUUUGGCUUGGCAAAUGCUUCCCACACUCUUCAAAUUUGCAAGCCAACCGGUUGGCUUGACAAAUGUGAGUUCCAUUGCAGAGAGUUUGUCACAGUGCGAAAUGGAGUGGAUGGUUGGGAUUUCGCUUGACAAAUGUGAGUUCCAUGGCAAAGAGUUUGUCAUUGUGCGAAAUGGAGUGGAUGGUUGGGAUUGGAAAGUGGGAAAUAGAUAGUACAUUGGAAUGAGCAACUUAAUAUGGAGAAAUUUUUUUACCAACUUGACUAGAGAGGAUGUCUUCUAGUACUACGAAACGGGAGUCGUCUCCAUCUAUUGCGUCGGAAAAUCGAUCGACAAGAUUAAGUGCAGUCCGUAACUUCAGUUGCAAGAUGAACUGCACCUGAUCCUCUCCCUGAAAUCUCGUAUUCCUGCAUUUCAGACGAAGUUUAUCACAUGUAAUCAGUUUAGAUACGAACUUGUCACCUGUGAUUAUUUUAGAUUUGCCAGGGGAAAAAAGGAACUCGGCUACGGCUAGUCGACUGCCCCGACUCCCGCAACAGUACAGCGGCACUACCGUCUAGGGACAACACCCGCUGGCCCUGCAGCGUCACACGGAACACGAGGCAAUGCCGUCCAAUCGCCGCCGCCCGCUGCCGCCGUUCGUACCUGGCCUCCUCCUCCCGCUACUCCUCGCCGUGGCGCCGCCACCGGCGGCCUCCGCGGUGGGCGUGAACUGGGGCUUCGCGUCUUCCCACCCGCUCCCGGCGGCGCGGGUCGUGCAGGGCCUGCUCCUCCCCAACUCCGUCCCGCGCGUCCGCCUCGCCGCCGCCUCCUCCGACGCGCUCUCGGCGCUCGCGGGCACCGGCGUCGCCGUCACCGUCGGGGUACCCGACGCGCUCCUCCGACCCCUCGCCUCCUCAAUCAAGGCCGCCGCCGCCUGGGUCCACGAUAACAUCACCCGUUACGCCUCCAGCGUUCGGUUCGAAUAUAUUUCUGUUGGGGAUGAGCCAUUUCUUAUGAGUCAUGGACAACAUUUCCAGCCCUACGUGGUUCCUGCAGCAGCAAAUAUUAAAAAAGCACUGACUGCUGCAAAGGUAUCUAGCAAGAUCAAGGUGGUAGUACCCUGCAGUGUUGACACAUACCAGAAUGCAUCUGUGCUGCCUUCAAAAGCUAGCUUCAGACCUGAUGUUAACAAGACCAUGGCAGAACUCCUCUCAUUUCUUACUAACAAUAGUUCACCAUUUAUGGUCGAGCUGAAUCCAUUUUUAAGCUUUCAACAGCACAAGAAUCUGUCAUUGGACUAUUACCUUUUCCAACUAAUGUCACAUCCAGUAAAAGAUGGUCAAAACAAGUAUGACAACUACUUUGAUGCAAGCAUAGAUGCUCUGGUUACUGCUCUAACUGAAGCUGGCUACGGUGACAUGGACAUCAUUGUCGGGAGAGCAGGAUGGCCAACAGAUGGAGCUGUGAAUGCAACUCCAGCUAUUGCUCAAUCGUUCAUGACUGGCCUAGUCAACCACCUUGCUAAAAAGUCUGGAACUCCACUUCGCCCUAAAGUGCCUCCAAUUGAAACGUAUCUCUUCAGCCUUCUAGAUGAAGAUCAACGGAAUACGGCAAGUGGAGGUUAUGAAAGACACCACGGCAUUUUCACCUUUGAUGGCCAGGCAAAGUACUAUGCCAACAUAGGUCAAGGUCCUAAACCUCUCAAAAAUGCCCCUGAUGUGAACUACGUUCCAUCAAAAUGGUGUGUGCUUGACAACAACAAGGACCUCUCCAAUAUUUCUUCCAGUUUUUCUGCGGCUUGCUCCAAUGGUGAUUGCACUGCUCUGUUACCUGGUGGCUCCUGCUCUGGACUCGGCUGGCCUGGUAAUGUGUCAUAUGCGUUCAACAACUACUACCAACAGCAUGAUCAGAGUGAGGACAGUUGCAACUUCAAUGGCCUAGGGUUGAUAACCACCGUUGAUCCAUCUGUCGACAAUUGCUUGUUUCCUCUUGCAAUUCGGACUUCUGCUGCCACUUCUUUGCACCUAACAUUGGCCACGUUUCGAUUAGUAGUUUUAUGGUUAUGCAUUCUGUUUAUAGUCUGAUGUAGCUGCUUACCGUUGUCUUUGAGACCAAAUUGAGCCUUAACAACUGUUUCUUUGGGCCUUUUGUUGCAUGUA